AUUUUAAUUGUUUCAUGUGGUCAAGCGUAGCCUCCGCGCGUGGCAAUGGAGUCAGCCCAGCUCCCGGCCUGCUGCGCUCGCGCGCUUUGCGCCUUUCGCCGCGCUGUGCCUUUGGGCCGCCGCUGCCUCCAGCUGGAGAUCAGCAGCCAGAAGAGUUUCUGGAUGCAGCUGCCUAUGUGCGUAGCUACAAUGAGAUGCUGGCAGAUAGCGCCUGGCAGGCGGACUGGGAGGGUGCCCUGGAGACCCUGCAGGACAUGCGAUCCUUGGGGGUGACGCCAGAUGUAACCAGUUAUUUCGCCUGCAUUUGCGCUUGUAGAAGAGCUGGUGCCUGGGAGCAAGCCCUGGAUUUGCUGAACGACGCCUGGGCCAAAGAGGUGGAGCCCGACGUGGAGUGCUACAGCCAUGUCAUCCGCGCCUGCCGGGAGGCCAAAGAUCAAAGCACGAAACUGCUGCAGGAGCUGAGAAAUUGGGGGCCUGCACCCACUGCCAAACGUUUUCACACCACUCCGAUGCUGAAAUGGACCCGCGAAAUGAAACAGUAUGGCUGUGGGGUCCGCAAUGAGAUUGACUGGCAAGGUGAUGGCGCCAUUCCCCACUGCUCCGUUGCUGGCAGUUGGCUCCUACCGAGCCAAGACACGGUGGCCGUACGCCUGGCGGAGCGGCAGGCGGAGCUCCGGCACGCUGGGUGGCGCGUGGUGAACGUGGAGCCCCGGGUGGUCGAGACGCUGCGCGACAAGGCGGGAAUGCUGCGGUAUGCCGUUGACAAAGGCAUCGGAGAGUUCACUCCCAAGUCCUAUUUGAGUGCUUUGGAGGCGGAGUAUCCCUGCAUUCUGAAACCUAAACUGGGAACCUUUGGAAAAGACACCCACGUGGUGCACUCCAUCGAGGAAGUGGAACGCUUUACGGGCGGUCAAGGUGUGGCUUCGAAGUGGGUCUUGCAAGAACUGGUGCCCGGACGCUUGGAAUACUCAACGACAUUGCUAGUGCUCAAGGGUGAAGUGGUGGAUUAUGUGAACACCUUGUAUGAGUAUGAUGGAGAAGAGUAUGUGUGGCCUUUUGUUGACGAGGUGCGCCAUGAAUAUGUCAGCGUUCCAGAAGCCCAUUUGGAUGUGAUGAGAGUGCUGUUGUCGGAGUUUAGCGGCAUUUGCUGCCUGGGCUACAAGCUGAGAAGAGAUGGGACGAUUUGUAUUUUCGAAGUCAACCCGCGGAUCGGAGGUGACUUAGUCUUCGAGUGUCCCAAGAAGCGUGCGCGAUCGCUGUUUGAGAAGCUGAACUUUAUGUUUUGACCGCAGAAAAA